ACUUCCGUCUUCGUAUCUGUCUUUCGUGUUCUCCGUCUUUCGUCUUCCUCUUUGGGCGUAGCUCUUGCGAUCCUCUGCUCCCUGUCUUCCGAUAUCAUUCUGAGAUUCAUUCUCGCCCAAUUCGCGGCUGUAAACCAGCGACGGUCAAGGAAUCCAAUCUCAAGAAGCGAUGUGGAGCUGGCGCUGCAAUCUUUGAUACGAGGCGAGGGCAGUCCACCGUGGCUUUCAAGGUUCAAUCAAAGUCAAGGCCUUUGCCUGGCUGGUAGCCAAUUGUUUUCCAUGAGCUGAAUGUAACGAGUCGUCGCCGAUUGUCUGUAAUUCCUGUCACGUCCUUCGGCGAACUUCCCGACGGGAUCACGAUUGGUGCAUUGGUCAUUUAAGUACAAAUAUAGCAUGUGCCGUCAAAACUCUUGUGUUCGUCCAUCAGUGGGAGACCCUGUCACAUCUGAUGAAAGUCUCUUGGUAUAUUGCAAGCCAGUGGAACUGUACAAUAUUCUUCACCGCCGAGCUAGGCACAAUCCUUCAUUUCUCCAAAGAUGUUUGCGUUUCAAAGUAGAAGCAAGGCGUCAAAGGAGGUUGAAGGCUGGAGUUGUAAUUUUCAACUACAAAGACUACAACAACAAGCUACAAAAGACUGAAGUUACUGAAGAUUUCUCAUGUCCAUUUUGCUUGAUGCAAUGUGCAAGCUUCAAGGGUCUACGGUAUCAUUUGUGCUCUUCACACGAUCUAUUCAAUUUUGAGUUUUGGGCAACUGAAGAAUAUCAAGCAGUAAAUGUGUCUGUGAAAGUUGAUACAUUGGGAUCUGAGACUAUUGCAAAUGGAGUAGACCAAAGGCAAAGCAGAUUCUUAUUUUGCUCAAGGCCACGGAGCUACAGGCCUAGAAAGGCCGUUCAAAAUGGAACACAUGUCUGCGUACAAUUUUUGGAAGUAGAUUUACCAAAGCUAACAGUGGAAGGCGUGCACAAGGAAUACCCGGAGAAGAAUGAGGAUUCUGAAUCUUAUCAAGAUCAAAACGCUUCCAAGUCAUCAUAUAGUGAGAAACACCACAUGAAUGGAGAAGAGAACCAUGCGGAUGACUCAAUAGAACAUGUUGCAUCCAGUUUUAAUCUUUCUGGCGUUCCAAUUGCCUCUGCUCAAUCUUCCGGGGAGAAUGAAUGGGGUAAAUUGCUACCUGGAAGUGAUUCUUCCCUCCCUGCCACGCUACAUGUUGCCAAAACAAGGAAGAUUUCCAUGGAACGGUCAGAUCCUAGAAACCGUGCACUCCUGCUGAAACGACAAUUCUAUCAUUCUCAUAGAGUUCAGCCAAUGGCAUUGGACCAAGUUAUGUCGGAACGAGAUAGUGAAGAUGAAGUUGAUGAUGACAUCGCAGAUUUAGAAGACAGAAGGAUGCUUGAUGAUUUUGUGGAUGUUAGUAAAGAUGAAAAGGAGCUUAUGCAUCUAUGGAACUCAUUUGUGAGGAAGCAAAGGGUAUUGGCCGACGGUCAUGUUCCUUGGGCGUGCGAGGCUUUUACAAAACUUCAUGGACAGAAGCUCAUCCAGUCUCCACCUCUCUUUUGGUGUUGGAGGUUAUUCAUGAUCAAACUUUGGAAUCAUGGCCUUCUUGAUGCUGGCACGAUGAACAGCUGUAGUAUAAUUCUUGAAAGUUGCCGUAUUGAGUGAUCUGCUGCGCUGAAAGAUUUAGAUGGAGAUGAUUAAUUGUUUUGCAUCGUAGAGUAAAUAGAUGAUAUAAUACUUACAUACUAUCUUUUGUUUAUCGCCGUUUACUUUCUUCUUCCACAUUGUUUAUGGCCCCAUUCUUGGAGAUUUAUUCAUGAUCACUUGAGCCAGAAGGAUUUUCCUGCUCGUCUGAAUGUAUUUGUCAUUAGAUUCGUUACAAUAGAGCUAAUUAUUACAAUUGGUUAAGAUGGCAAAAUAU